AUUCUGAUGCAAAUGUUGAUGGAUUUGAAGCAUCUGUACCAGAUGAUGAUGGUAGACUAUAUUACAAACCAAUAGAUGAAAGAUACACAUAUAUUCGAAUGUUUCAACAUAUAGAUAAAAAUUAUCAAAAUAUCAAGUUGCAUGAUAUAGUCAUAUAUUUAAGUCUAAUUUCAUACCAUUGA